UUAUUCUUGAAGCUCCAGACGACAAGCAGCGACACUUGGAACUAACUGCAUCUUUUGAGAUUCCUCUCCUUUAGUAAGGAUUGAAUCCCGUUUUUAUUUUAAGAAAAGAGCAUUUCUUCAUUAGUGAAAUUUUCGUGGGAUUUCAACGCAAAUCGAUUUGAACCGGCGCUGAAUUUUCACAUUUUAUUCUCCGGGACCUAUAAUUCACCAGGUGCUCUACGGCCGGUGGUUCGCUGAUCUAGAAAGAGUUUUACGAAGAUACAGCUCCUUUUGAAGUAUUUUAAGCAACAUUUUCCGGAAGAAAAUUUCUGCAUAAUGGACGGAAUAAGAAGAAAUUACUGACCGCUCUCGUCUAACAUCACCAACGGGUUCUUUUCACUUCGGAACAACUAAAACUGUGAUGAUAAAAAGAACUGACAGAAUGCAAUGAAAGCGUCUUACCCACAAAAGGUUCUCUAAGGAAAAAAAGAGAAGGAUAACAGCGUGAUGUCUCAAAUGUGAGCCAGAAGAUCAAGUUCUCUUACCCGAGCAUCUCGACUGCAGCAUUUGCCACAAUGAGUUCGAAACGCUUGUGCAGCAUCCACAAAAUUCGAGAAAUACAGUUACCUCUGAUAGAACUUCCUGAUCAGUACGACGUCAUUCGGGAAAUAGGUUCUGGAGAUUAUGGCAAGGUUCUACUGGCCAUUCACCGUGAUACUGAUUCCCAAGUGGCAUUGAAAGCUGUUCCUAAAGCGACCACACCACUCAAAGAUUUUCUGAUUGAGUUCCACUAUAGCUAUUUCCUAUCCCCACACAACAAUAUUCUGGACACAUACGAUGUAGCCUUCGAAACGGUUGAGCAUUAUAUGUUCGCACAGGAAGUUGCUCCAUAUGGUGACGUAUGGCAAGUCAUUGAAAGAACGGGAGGAAUGGAAGAGAAUGACCUGAAGAUUGUUGUUAGGCAGAUUGCUUCAGCGCUGGAGUUCAUGCAUAGCAAAGGUCUGGUACAUCGGGACAUGAGGGCAGAGAAUAUGCUGAUAUUCUCUGAAGAUUUCUCUAGAGUGAAACUUACUGAUUUUGGUUUGACGAGAAGAACAGAUACAUUAGUAAAAAAGAGGACAAGAUCCUUGCCGACUUGUCCUCCAGAGAUUUGGGAAGCAGUUCAUCUUGAAGGAUACAACGUUGAAAUUGGUUCGGACGUGUGGCAAAUGGGAAUGUUUAUUUUUGCCGGACUCCUCGCGAAAUUUCCAUGGGAAAAAGCUGACAUCACGGAUUCCAAGUUCUCAGAAUUUGUCCAGUGGCAAAAGCGAAAGAUCACUCGAACACCAAAAGACUUCCGGAAGUUUACCCCUAGGUUACACCGCCUUUUCCGCAGACUUAUGGACCCAAAGCCAUCCAAAAGAUACGAAAUUAAAGAGGUUUACAAGUACUUGGGCGACAAGUGGCUAAUCUGCCGCAGCCCUCGAGUGACAACGACGGUCACCAGAACCGAAGUUACGGAGGCAUCCAACUACAAGCAAGCUGAACGUCUCGGAGAGAUGCUUACGAACCUCACGCUGGAAAACAAGAGUGAGAAUCGUGAAGCAAGGGAACAGAGAAUCAACAACUGGGUCUUGUCCACCUAUGAUGAUUCUAGUUCCAGUUAAGUGGCAAUGAAACCCAAAAUGUGUUAUUUUAUAUUUUGUACCAUAAUUACAAUUAUUCUACUACGGGUUCAUCAGCCAAGUGUUCGCAGCAGCAUAACAGAAAAGCCAAUUCGCUAUACGAUUGCUAAGUUAGUUCCAUUCAGUACUGUCUUUCAGGUUGAGCACAACAUGUGCAUCGGUUUGAACGACGAGUGAACACCGGAUAAAACAUUUGCGAUUUCUGGUGAGCAGUGUACAUUGCUGCAAGAACAUAGUACAAUGCUUUCUUUUCUACUAGUUUGAACGUGUUUAGGAAACAGUAUUUUCGAAACUGAAUGGUUUCUAGAAGUAUUUGAAUGGGAAGUUGAGAGAGAUUAUGGACUUAGAUCUUUUUUGCAGAGAUGAUUUCGAGAGAAGUAAAUGAACUGAAGAAGGAAGUUAAUGAGUCUUCUGUACUUUAUUUGUGUAAUAAAUGCACGUCAAUUUGAAAUUUAAUACUUGCUAUGAUUUUUAUCUUAAUUUGGCUUUAAUUUCAGCAUAAAGAUCUUCAGUAAGAAAUCAUUCGACAACGGUUGAGAUCGAAUUCGGGACACAUAUUGUUAUUUUUGUUAUUUUCCGAAAUGAAUUUUUCCCGAAUAGAACUAUAAAAUGUUAGAUAAUUAGUUAUAUAAUGGUUUUUAGCCUUAUUCGAAACAAAUUAUUUCAAAAUUAAAUUUUUCAGAAUACUAGAAUUAUAAAAUACUAGAUAAUUAAUUACAUAAUUUGGUUUUUGGCCAGAUUCGAAACAAACAAAUUAUUUCAAAAUAAAUUUCUUCAGAAUAGAAUUAUAAAAUGAUAGAUAAUUAAUUACAUAAUUUGGUUUUUGGCUAAAUUUGAAACAAAUUAUUUUAAAAUGAAUUUCUUCAGAAUAGAAUUAUAGAUAAUUAAUUACAUAAUUUGGUUUUUGGCCAAAUUCGAAACAAAUUAUUUCAAAAUGAAGUUCUUCAGAAUAGAAUUUUAAAAUGUUAGUAAACUAAUUACAUAAUUUGGUUUGGGGACCUAAUUCGAAUCGAAUUAUCAUUUCUGAAAUUAUUUAUAGCGGAAGAAGAUAGUUGUUCUUUUUCCUAUUCUUUUGAACAUGUAAUCUUUCGCUGAAAUUAAGACCCAAUUAAGAUUCAGUUUUGGCGAUUAUUGAAUUUGUCAAUGUUGUUUGUUUAACUUCUGCAGAAUAAUUGUUUGGGAUGUAUUUCUCUCAAUAAUGCAACUCAGACGUUUCACAAAUAUUGAUGAUAUUCGUGCGUUUUCGUAUAAGAGGUGUUAGCUCCGAAGUGAUGUUGUAUUUUUCAAUUAAAAAAGCAUCAUAAUUUUGAUGUAAAUGCUUUUGUAAUAUCCAGAUACAUUUAGCAUAUACUCUGAAGUUUAAUAUGCAUGCUUUAAUGAUGACUGAAUUUGUAUUUUGAAAUAUUAAUUACAUGCAAUGAAAUUUGCAUUUAAAGAGCCUCAGAUUCCCCGCCUAUCAUUAAAAGCUUUUGCUCAAAUUAAUUUAUCAGUCACUAAUGGUUAACCAUAUUUAUGACUAUUCAAAACAAACUUAACUAUUAGCCAACAAAUUAAAAUUUUUCCACAUUUAAACCGAGAAAUAUGUGGAGUCAGUAACUUGAUUUAUUUAAGAAUGUUUACAUUAAAGGCAUUGGAAUAUUGUUACAAAACUAUCUUGUACAUUCCGAAUGAAAUUUUUGAAUUCUCAAUUAUUGUAAGUUUUCAUAUGUAAGCAUUCAUUUCAUUAAUAUGUAAUGUGAUAUUAGCAAAACAAAUUUCCCAACAAUGAUUUAUUUUCUUAAAAUAUGUAUAUUUAAAUUUACUUAUUUCAAAACAUAAUAUUUUUCCUAUGUGUUACGUAAAAAUUUUCAUAACAACAUCUUUGCGUGCGUACAUUGAUUGAAUGUUUAUUGCAUUUACUUGUAGCCUAUGUAUAUAUACGUCUAGAAAGAUUAAUAUUAAUGCCUCUAAAGAUGUUCUAUUAAAACGUUUUCAAUAAAUGAAAUUUAGGAAGAAGAGAAAAGCUCUACGUAAAUAUAUAAAAUCUCUUAAAUGAUAUCUUUAUGGCAAAACGAAAGUUCUUUUUCCUUGCUUAGGAAAUUCCAAUAAAUUCAGUGUCUCAGAUUUCCAGAGAGUUGUAUCGUUAUUGCACAAAAAAAAUUAGCAAUUUAUUGCCAUCUUCAAAAUUAGUCUCAUGUUUGUAAAACCUGCAGCCCCAUGAAGGAAUUAAUAGAUCAGAAAGAAAUGUAUGCCGCGGAUUAUUAUUGGUAAUGCAAAUAAAUCAUUAAAGUUUCAGAGUAAUACACGUCAUUAUUGACACAAAACCAUUUUGAACUUCUGCAUACGUUAAGGUAUAGAAAGAAAGAUACUCUGGGUACUUUCCUAGAAUGUUACCUCCUAUGAUGUUUCAAUCUUGAUCCUCAUUUUACCGAUAUUGAUUGUUGGAAGAGAAUUAUGGGCCAACUGCCCAAUAACCAUUAUACAUCAUAUUCAGAGUACUUCGUAUUAAGCAUAAGGCAGCCCAGAAAUGAAGUGGUAUUAUCUAUGCUGCGAAGAAGGUUUGGACACUCUGGGCAUCAUGUGGUUGAGAGCUGCCUUGUUAGAAUGGAAGUGUCGGUGGCAACGGAUCGCUUAUGGUAAUAAAUGACACAUCACAUCAUCAUUCUAAAUGCGUCUGAUAUAACGUUCUAAAAUGCAUGUUGGAAGAUGACGGUCAUCGCAGUUCUGUCUUAACGCGAACAUGGCAUCAUUAUGUCCAGGUUAAAAUGAAACUUCAGAAAGCAGAACCUGUUGACAAUCUUCGCCAAAUUGACUGUGCAAAAUUGUCGUAACUUGAGGUGUCUGUAAUUUAGGGUCAAGGACUCCUCCUCAAAGGAUUGAAUUCUUACAUACAGUGGAAGGCAUCAAAUCUUGGUAGCAGUGCGUCACUACCACGUGGAUAAGAUAGCUGCCAUUCCGUAAUGUUGCCAAAUUUCAUGGCCACUACCUAAGUUUUGACUUGUCUACUUCUCUUCAGUCCAUUAUCUCCAUAUUUGCAUCACUAUUGUACUACUCUGCUCCGCAUGAGCAGCAGUGUAGUGAUGCAAAUGUCUUCCUUCUUUCAGGCUGAUUACUAGUUCUCAUUGAAGUUCUGUAGUUUGCUUAUAUAACCUUUGAUGUCAACAAGCCAUCGUGAUUUCUACAAGAGUUUCCAUCUCUUGGAGACGAAGACAGUGUAUACUUCCUUGGUUCCUCGACAACCCUCUGUGUAUAAGCUUCACACUAUAGUUCAAAGGAUGUUGCCGAGUUUAACAUGCAAAUGAUUAGAAAUAUAGAAUGCAUGUCUAUGAAUUUUGUAUUUUUAAUCACUUGCAUGCUAUACCCUGAUUUAUCUUUCCCGUAAUUUUCAUUCUAUUUUCCUGAUUACUUCAUGGUGUUGCAAUUUUCAGAAAUAUGAGUGUUUUAAUAUUAAUAAAAGUCGCUGUUAAAAUCUCUGUUUUAAUGUGAUACAGCUAAUAGCAUAAACGAAAUCUUUUUCGAUUCUAUGUUGCCCACUUUUAGAAUAUAAAAAGUGUUUUUUAAUCCUAAAACGAAAGAUUCAUAUUGAAAAUAAUAUAUAUGUAAAAGACUUAUAUGCUCAUUAGAAAAAUAUGUGCAAAAUAUAAAAAUGAAAAUAUCUUAAAUGUCUAUUGGAAGAAGUAUGCAUAUAGUUUUGUGAAGCCUCUGAUUUUGUUAAUAUAAACCAUACUGAAACCCACCAUCUUCCUUAAUUACAACAUUUAAGGAUAUAUGCAUCGAAGUCAAUCUUAGCUCUUCAACAUACAGAAUAUGCAACUAAAUGUCAUUUUUAAAUCAAUAUAUAAACAUAUGAAUUAUAUAUAAUCUGUAUAUUCAGGUACAGAUUUAGACAGCGAAAUGUAGUUGUGAUUGGAUUUCGUUUCAAAUACGUGAUAAUCGCGUUUUCUAGAAAAAUAUCAUCUAUCUUUAUUACAACUUUUAACACAUGAAGUUUUUUAUAUAAUAUUCUUAUUUAUGUAUAAAUAUUUCAGAAAUUACUAUGUCUUCAUAUUUCUGCGCAUACUUAUGAUUAUGGAUUGAAUUGUUUUGGAAAUUUAUGUGAAAGAUGCAGAAAUUCAAAUAUGAUGAAUAUUUAUUCUAUACUUAACAAUACAAUAUAAUAGAUGUAUACAACAUAUGAUAAUUUUAAGAUAAUAAACGAGUUCGCUGUUU